ACACGUAAGCUAAGCUAGUUUUGAGAGGUGGACUCGUCUCGUCGUCGUCUUCUCUAAUUUUUGCGUCGUCUCCGAAUAUUUGCUUCAGCUUGAAGGUUCCCUCCUCCGCUUCGCUGUUGUGUGCUCUCUCUCUAUCUCUCUUACUCGCGCCUUGGUUGAAGAAAUCGGGUCAACCCAGUUCAUUUACAUCAUCUUCAGCCACGGAUCUCUUUCGCUCAGCUUCGAGUAAGGGGUCCUCCAACUCCAAAGGGAUGGAUCGCAUAGAUCACUUGUUUAAUCACUAUGCCAAUCGAUCUUCUUCCCAUUUAAUUGAUCCUGAAGGAAUUGAGGAACUUUGCUCCAAUCUGGAAGUACCUCAUACUGAUGUCAGGAUCUUGAUGCUUGCUUGGAAAAUGAAGGCUGAGAAACAGGGUUACUUCACUCUGGAGGAGUGGAGAAGAGCACUUAAGGCGAUGAGGGCUGACACUAUCAGUAAACUGAAGAAAGCCCUUCCAGAACUCGAGAAAGAGGUCAGGAGGCCGUCAAAUUUUGCAGAUUUCUAUGUUUAUGCCUUUCGGUAUUGUUUGACAGAGGAAAAACAAAAGAGCAUCGACAUUGAGACGAUUUGUCAACUCUUAGAUAUCGUCUUAGGGUCAACAUUCCGUGCCCAGGUUGACUACUUUAUCGACUAUCUCAAGAUCCAAAAUGAUUACAAAGUCAUUAACAUGGACCAGUGGUUGGGAUUUUAUCGGUUCUGCAAUGAGAUAAGUUUCCCAGACAUGUCCAACUACAAUCCAGAACUUGCAUGGCCAUUGAUUCUCGACAAUUUUUUUGAGUGGAUGCGCGAAAAACAAGCCUGAAACAUAUGCAUAUGCUUUUAACUUCUCACUUGUCCAUCUCUGCUUCAUAUUGGUUCGCAGGAACAAUUGGAGUGUUAGUGCCAUUUUCAAGCUGAACGAUCUCAAGUACAUUUGUAUUUUAGCUUCAAAACCAAACUAUUACAUACUUUAAAUAUGAAUUAUUGUUACCAGCCAUGAACAGAGAGCAAUGCUUGUGAUAUACUGUAUGAGUCAACAUUUAAAUAUUCUACUCUUAUCUUAAGCUUUGGUGUUGUAAUUGAUUUGGCUCAUGUUCUAAAAAGCCACCAGUGUCUGCUUUUCAUCAUUAA